AUGUGUUCUAAGGGCUCAAAACUAAGGGAUACCAGAAACAGGUUCUCUGGCUCGGUUCUUGCUGUGCCUGACAAUGACGCCAUCCGUGACUUCUUUCAUCGAUGGAGGAUUAAAGUACAUUACACCCUUAAGCGGCCCACGUUCCACUCUUGGCUGCGCCCCCUCUCCAACUGUAUUGCCAUAAACUGCGAUGGCUCGGUGAAGGAUGGUCGUGGAGGUUAUGGUGCCAUUGCCUGUGAUCGCAUGGGAAGUGUUCUGUUCGUGGUUGCCGGCGGGUCCAGGGACACCAAUAUAAUGCGCAUGGAGUUAGAAGCUAUUUGGUGUGGUCACCGCAGAGCCUAUGCUACUGGUGGUCUUCGGAUCCACGUUCGUUCGGACUCCCUUUGUGCCAUUCAAAUGAUAAAUGGUGGUUACCAUACCCCAUGGCAUUGCAUGGAUCUGGUAGAGGACAUCGGGAGCCUUAAGGAGGCGUUUUCCUGUUGCACGUUUCUGCAUAUCAUGAGAGAAGCUAAUUUUUGUGCGGAUUUCCUAGCUAGCUUCGCGCAUGGGGACCAAGAAAUCCUUUUUAGCCUUACUAGCCUUCCUAUGGCUCUUACCCACCUUGUUAGGGAGGACGCCAAAGGAAGAAGAUAUCAAAGAAUAUAA